AGCUCAUAGUCUGUCUUACCAUGCCAAAGUGAUCAUACUAGCAGGUAUGAUAGAUAAUUGUCGGCGGCUAGAGGUGUUUGAGCCACAAGGCUGGUCUCAACAGAUGCGAGAAAAUUACUUCAAGUGGGCCUUCCAGUUAAGUACUGCGCUGGCCAACACACAUCCUCAGCUAGAACUGGAACUGAACAAUAUCUGGAUCGGCCAAGGUAAAUCCUUACUCUUCUAUUAGGCAAUGGUUUGAAUA